CAUAGAGCCCAAGGUUCAGAUUCAUCCAUCUCAGCAAGCCCAGAAGCAUCUGCAAUAUCUACUAUGGCCUUGCCCUUUCCUUCACUGAUGGCCCUGGUGGUUCUCAGCUGCAAGAUAAGCUGCUCUCUGACCUGUGAUCUUCCUCAGACCCAUAGCCUGGAUAACAGGAGGACCAUGAUGCUCCUGGCACAAAUGAUGAGAAUCUUUCCUUUUUCCUGUUGGAAGGACAGACAUGACUUUGGAUUUCCCCAGGAGGAGUUUGAUGGCAACCAGAUUCAGAAAGCACCAGCCAUCUUUGUCCUCCAUGAGAUGAUCCAGCAGACCUUCAACCUCUUUACCACAGAAGACUCAUCUGCUGCUUGGGAUAAGGACCUCCUAGAUGAAUUCUGCACUGAGCUCUACCAGCAGCUAAAUGACUUGGAAGCCUGUGUGAUGGAGGAGGAGAGGGUGGGAGAAACUCCCCUGAUGAACAUGGACUCCAUCUUGGCUGUGAAGAAAUACUUCCGAAGAAUCACUCUCUAUCUAACAGAGAAGAAAUACAGCUCAUGUGCCUGGGAGGUUGUCAGAGUAGAAAUCAUGAGAUCCUUCUCUUUAUCAAAAAACUUACAAGAAAGAUUAAGGAGAAAGGAUUAACACCUGGUCCAUCAUGAAAACAACUCUAAUUGACUCAUACACCAGCUCACACUUUCAUGAAUUCUGCCAUUUCAAAGACUCUCACUUCUACUAUAACUAUGACCAUGCUGAUAAACUGAUUUAUCUAUUUAAAUAUCUAUUUAACUAUUUAUAAGAUUUAAAUUAUUUUUGUUCAUAUAAUGUCAUGUGCACCUUUACACUGUGUUUAGUGUAAUGAAACUUGUUCCUUAUAUUUACUCAAUUAAUUAUUUGUGUUGUUCAUUAAACUUUUACUAUAGGAAUUUCUUGUAUGUGUUGAUUCUUUAAUAUGAAAUUCCUGCCUUACUGUGCAACCUGAUUAGAGAAUAAAGGGUAUAACUUAUCUAUUCAUCAUUAUUAUAUGCAAGAUGUAAGUACAAAUGACCUUUCACUAAACCAGACUGUAUGUUGUACUCAAGAUAUAAAGAUGAACAUAAUAAU